CAGCUUAGAGCCGUGAAAUGAGGGUCGAGCGGUAGAGGUUCGUAUUCGAGCUGAGUCUGAAACAAUUGCGGGGGCCGAAGGAUUAGGGGUGCGCGCCUAAUUUACCCAACUACUAAUCAUCAUUUUCUCCUCUAGGCUUUAGCGUCAGGGCCCAAAGUGAACUGUGUUGUGCUCUCGGGAAAUGAAACAUACAGAAGAUUAUUGCUGAUUUGUCUCACAAUGUGGUUUCCCGAGCAGGUAUAUAAUCUUGGGCACAAUACAAGAUGAACGAAUCUCGUCUCCCUCAGAAUCACAAUCAUAUACAUCUGAGAAUCACAAACAUGUUACCCACAUUGGUGAUUCUUGGCCUCGGUGCCGUCGCCAACGCGCACGUCGCCGCCUGGGCGAAAGGAAUGUACUGUCUGAACGGCACCUCCGGCACUGAUGACCCCAACACCAACACGGCCGUCAACCCCCUAUACAUGCUCGAUCAGUCCGACUGGUGGUUCCAGCACGACCGUAGCUGCGACAGCUUUCCCCCCGCAGACGGCGAUUUUCUCGAGCUUCCUGCCAACGGACAUUUCACCGUGGAGCUGGCGCACAACCGCGCGCAGACGACGCUCUCGUACAAUGGCCAAUACGCGGGCGAGUGGCCCGACGGCAACGACCACCCUGGAGACUGGUCGGGUCCCGGAAGCCCCCCUGACUGCAUCCAGGAUGACGGGGCGAUGCACACGCAGAAUCAAUCCAUGGCUGCAGGAACGGCAUUCGCGAUCAGCUAUCAGAGCGACUUGACCCAGGUGACGAUAGAGAACCUUGUUGUCUUUAGUGUUUUGGAGCACACCCCGUGGAAGAGACUGGCUACGUACGACGUGCCGGAUCUCCCUGCCUGUCCGCCUGCAGGCUGCACCUGCGCUUGGCUUUGGGUUCCCAACGGUUGCGGACAACCUAACAUGUACAUGCACGGUUUCAAAUGCACCGUGACGGGAGCCAGCUCGACCAAGACUCUUGCUGCGGCACAAGCUCCUGUUUACUGCGGUGACGACUCAUCGAAAUGUGUCAAGGGCGCCAAGCAGAUGAUCGCAUGGAACCAACAAUCCGGUAACAAUGUGGAAACCCCCAGUGGGGUCAGUCCCGCGUACAGCAGCGUCUUAGGGUGGGAGAGUGGUAUGAUCAUUUAUUGCACCUAAUAAAUACUUGACUGACCACAAACCACACGCAGGUGCUCAAAAUGAUAUUUUCAGCUGAACAGCCGGUCCUUGGUGAUUACCUCAAUGCAGCUUGAGUCGAGGAUUUCUGUACUAUAUCUUUGUCAAUGAUUGAUAAUGGCCGGUGUGGAUUGUGGCAUUUCGGAUUUGACUGUAGCAUACACCCUCUAUCGGGGACGAGUCAGCAUUGAUCCCGCCACAGCCCUUUCCAGAAACUGUACCACGAGAAAGAUUUUGUGACGGCUAUCCACAUUGUCGAGGGCAAAGAGUUCGUCUCUGCCCAUCAGAGUAGCAUGGUCAUAUUGGGUAGACUGUGGGAUCACAGAACCCGUGAAGCCACGGAGAAAAUGUGAUUCCAGAUCUUGCGGUCGGAACUGCUUGCAAUGGUCUUCGACGUAUCACUCUCAGGUACUAGUCAGGAAUUGUCUAUGAGA